GGGGGCUGUGGCGCCAUCAUUGACACUGGCACGUCCCUGUUCGCGGUGCCGACCACGAUGUACAAGAAGAUAUACGACCUCCUGAAGAAUUCGGGGCAAGACUGCAGGGAUCUCAGCAAGUUCCCUGACCUGACCCUGACCAUUGCUGGCCAGGAGAUGAGGUUCGGACCCGACUCGUACAUCGGCGAGAUGACGGGACAAGGGAGCGACGAGGUGGAGAAGUACCUCCACAGGGACACCCAGCUGGACAGCGAGGACGAGGAACCCCAGGGCGUGCAGUCGCGCAGCCCGAUGGUGCAGCUGCGGCAGAACCACACGCGUGGUGCGUCCAGGACUCGGUCGCGUGCUUCAUGCCAGCUGCUUCUCAUGGACCUCGGGGACGAGGUCACCCAG